AAUCCACAUUUCCAGAGGAGCCCGACACUCAGUCCCUUCCAACAUUUUCUGUCGAGCUCGGUAAAGAAAACAAGCAGCGCAGAUCUCGCCUCGCUCUCCGGGAUCGACUCUGAAGUUAGUCCCAGGACUUGAUUUGCUCCUCAUUUUCCUGGACGACUGCUCACAAAUCCAGCUGAGAGGAUAUAAGUUAUUUCCAGCAGCAGAUCCGGAGCUCCUGGAAGAUGGGUUCAGUCCCAGCUAUAUCUGUCCUCGUUUUAGGCAUUGUGGUGCCAACGUUGGCCGGCUAUAUUGAGGCACUAGCUGCCAAUGCAGGAACGGGUUUCGCAGUGGCCGAACCACAGGUAGCCAUGUUCUGUGGAAAACUCAACAUGCACGUUAACAUUCAGACUGGCCGCUGGGAGUCCGACCCGUCCGGAACCAAGAGCUGUGUAGGAACCAAAGAGGGCGUGCUGCAGUACUGCCAGGAGAUGUAUCCUGAGCUCCAAAUCACAAAUGUGGUGGAAGCCAACCAACCAAUUCGCAUUGAAAACUGGUGCAGAAGGGAGAAGAAGGUGUGCAAAGGCCACGCCCACAUUGUGGUGCCUUACAAAUGCUUAGUGGGCGAGUUUGUGAGUGACGUUCUCCUGGUCCCAGAGAAGUGCAAGUUCUUCCACAAGGAACGUAUGGACAUGUGCGUCAGCCAUCAGCAGUGGCACGGUGUGGCCAAAGAGGCCUGUUCCAAGAGCUCCAUGGUGCUGCAUAGCUAUGGCAUGCUGCUGCCCUGCGGCAUUGACAAGUUCCACGGCACUGAGUAUGUGUGCUGCCCUCCCUCUCGCACCGGAGAGUCCUCCCCACCUUCCAUGCCCUCUCAGGAGGACGAUGAAGAGGAGCAGGUAGAGGAUGAGGAAAUUGACCUGGGAGAGGAUGAAGCUGUAGAGGACAGUGAGACACCAGUAGAAGAGCAGCAGGCACAGAAGGAGAAGCAAGUGGAUGAGGAUGAAGAUGAGGAGGAGGAAGAUGAAGAGGAGUACCACUAUGUCUAUGAGGAUGAGGAGGCAGAUAAAGAGGAUGAAGAUGCGAAGAAAGAGAGCCGUGAAAUGUCAGAGAACCGGGGUGAAGAUGAGAUUUUAAAGGAAGUGAAAGCGGUGUGCACCCUGGAGGCUGAGACCGGCCCCUGUCGCGCCUCCAUGCCUCGAUGGCACUUCGACAUUAGCCAGAGGAAGUGUGUGCGCUUCGUUUACGGAGGCUGCGCCGGCAACCGCAACAAUUUCGACUCAGAGGAGUACUGCAUGGCCGUGUGCAAACGCUUGACUCUGCCUCCGACUCCUCAGCCCACUGAUGAUGUGGACAUCUACUUUGAGACUCCUGCUGAUGACAAGGAGCACAGUCGCUUCCAGAAAGCCAAGGAGCAGCUGGAGAUCAGACACCGCAACCGCAUGGAGAGGGUACGAAAAGAAUGGGAAGAGGCUGAUCGCCAGGCUAAGAACCUGCCCAAGGCUGAGAGGCAGACAUUGAUCCAGCACUUCCAAGCUAUGGUAGAAUCCCUGGAGGAGGAGGCAGCCAGCGAGAAGCAGCAGCUGGUGGAGACUCACCUUGCCCGAGUGGAGGCCAUGCUGAACGAUCGGCGCCGUCUGGCCCUGGAGAACUACCUGGCUGCCCUGCAGGCCGACCCCCCCAGGCCUCACCGCAUCCUGCAGGCCCUGAGGAGGUACGUCCGUGCCGAGAACAAGGACCGCCAGCACACCAUCCGCCACUACCAGCACGUUUUGGCUGUGGAUCCUGAAAAAGCUGCUCAGAUGAAGUCACAGGUGAUGACCCACCUGCGGGUGAUUGAGGAGAGGAUGAACCAGAGUCUAUCUCUGCUCUACAAAGUGCCCUAUGUUGCUGAUGAAAUUCAGGAUGAAAUUGACGAGCUGCUCCAGGAGCAGAAAGCUGACAUGGACCAGUUCAUGUUGUCCAUCUCUGAAUCACAGCCAGAUGUCACUGUGUCGUCAGAGGAAAGUGUGGAAGUUCCUGUGUCCGAGGGCAAGCCUUACCGUCCCAUCCAGGUCACAUCCCUGGGUUCCCGCUCAGAGACAGAGGGCGAUCUAUCAGACUCCCCACGUGCCUUCAAGAAAGGCUCUGCCAUGGCUGAUUUAGAUGGUCUGAUUGGUGCUGAGGAGAGAAUCAUCAACAGCAAACCCAAGAUUGGCGAAAAAGUGGUGAUUGAUGAGUCACUGGAUGUUAAAGAAGUGGUUUACAGUGCAGAGAGAGUCAGCGUUAUGCAUGAUGAUGAGCUGGAGUCCUACCGCCCUCUGGGAGAGGACUUCAGCUUUGGCAGCAGUGCACUGAUUGGCCUGCUGGUGAUCGCGGUGGCCAUAGCAACUGUGAUUGUGAUCAGCCUGGUGCUUUUGAGGAAAAGGCAGUACGGCACCAUCAGCCACGGCAUCGUGGAGGUUGACCCCAUGCUGACACCAGAGGAGCGGCACCUCAGCAAGAUGCAGAACCACGGCUACGAAAACCCCACCUACAAAUACCUGGAGCAGAUGCAGAUCUAACCAGAACCUGCAGGGGGUGCGCUGUGGAGUCUGACGGAGGAUGGCAACGAGGGGGAACAUACUACUGACCAAUAACACAUGAUGCUAUUGUUAAAAUCAUUUUGCAUACAUCCAAACUCCUUUUACAUGGUUUGUUUAAAACAAUCCUUAAGUAAUGCUACUACUUCUACUACUGCUACUAUUGUACUAUAGAGCUCUUUUAUGAUCAUGUUUCUUUCGAACACGUGAUGCAUCUGCCAGUUUGCAUAAUGAAAAAUGUGAUUCUGCAGAUUUCUCUGUAAUUAUCAAUAUGGAUCAAGAUGUAUAACAUUUCUUCAGACAUAUUUUUUUUAUUGUCAGGUGAGAAGCAAAUCAGACUAAUGUUUCUAAGUAGCUGUCGUGGAACCGGCACUAUGCUUCUGUUUUCCAUCAUGCAAGUGUCAUUCAUGCAGUUUCUGAUGGGUUUCUUAAAACAAAUUGGUGUUUUAAUUUGUUCUUUUUAAUCUUGAUAGAUUGCUUGUAUAUGAAGGUUCUUUGUACCAAUUAAAAUGUUUAGUGAAACAACAAAUGAGAAAAAAUGAAAUCAUUAAUUAUUUACUUUCUUUUCUUUGAUAUAAUAAAAGACAAGAAUAUAUAUAUAUGCGAUUUAAAUAUAUAUAUAUAUAUAUAUAUAUAUAUAUAUAUAUAUAUAUAUAGAUUUAAAGAUUAGAUGUAUAUAAGAUUAGAUUAGAUGUUUUUAUUCCACCUUUUUUCCCAGGGAAGAGGUUUUGAGUUGGUUUAGGGUUCUUCACUUGGUAAUAAUGACUGUUUGCUGGUGUCGGGGAGGGUGAAGAUGUGCACAGGCCCCCAGCUCAAACACAUCUCUCAAAAUGUACUCUGAGUCCUUACUGAAAUGAAUGAUCAUAUGUGCCCUCUUACACACAAACAACCUUGUAUCAGUAGGGAAAUUGUACAAAUGAGUAGAUUACAGUGUGUCAUGUAGUUGAAUGUAUUCUGGAAACUUUUCCAUAUUAUGUAAAUGACAGGUUCCCUUUUAAAGCUUUGAUUUUAAUGUGGUGAUGCAAACAGCUUUUUUUUUUAUUUUUUAUUUGGAGGGUGAUGUUUCUAACCUAUUUUUGCACAUAUUAUCCAAAGCAACAAAACUAAGUACCAGUAAAAACAAAUUUGAGUAUGAUGUACUCCCACACUGCAGUGUUCAGCAGGCUGAUGGAUCAAAACAGGGCUGUCCCGGAGAGACAAAAAAUAUACUGUACCCCCAAAUUAAAUGAUUGAACAUGAUGGAAUUACUAAGAACCCCCAAAUGGUGGAUGAAGUUUCCCUGAAUUGUAACAAAAAACUGUUUGGUACUAAGACUACUUUGUCUGUGAGACUUUAUAUGAAUUUUGUGUUGUGGAUUUUUUGGAUUUUUGUACCCUAAAAGGCUUGGGCCAGCCCUGGAUCCCAGCCACCCGUGUGUUGUUGGAGCUGGAGGGCUGUGCAGGCAGACAGAGACACGCAGAAAGAAAAGGCUUGAAGAGCUGGUUUCUGAAAUGCAAAAAGCUGAUUUGUGUAUUUUUACAGGUAGAGAAAGACACGAGUAAAUCCUAGAACCCUCUCUCGCUCUAUCUUAAUAUUGUCUUUGUAUGCCUGUAUAGUUGAUGUUGCAAUCAUGGCUUUUUUCCCCGGAGGAUUACCUGUGGUGUGGAUUGUUAUAUGAAAUUAUAUGAUAUAUAUUUUUAAGUUGUUUUCUUGUUUUCUAUUUUUUUCCUUUUCCUGUGACAGUAUCUCUGUAUGUGACUGUCUCACUAUGCACCCAAACAGCUUCAACCUUGUAACUGCCUGCUUGAUUGUGGGAGGGGACUGGUGACUAAUGUAAAAUGCAUAUUAGUGAUUAAAAAAAAAAAAAGGAUCAACAUAAAUGGCAACAGAUUUAAGGUUACAAUGGGGAUACACAUCAAUAAACUCACAACUUACAAA